AUGGCCAUGGAGCUGAGAGCCCUCCUCCUGCUGCCCCUCUACUUCCCAGGUCUCCAAGCCCAAACGCCUGAUGCUGAGGAGAGCCGAUGGGAAGGGAGCACUCUGUAUAUCCAGUGUCCUUACGCAGCACAGGCUCACUACCAACACCGGAAAGCAUGGUGCCGCAUGAAAGAUGGCAGAUGUGUUGAGUCAUUAGCAGAGAUGACCUACCCAACACAAUACCCCAAGUUCACAAACGGGAGAGUUACAAUAGAGGACAACGCUGUGCUUAGGACUCUGUCCAUCACCAUGACUAACCUCCAGGCAGAGGACACGGGCACAUACUCCUGCGCUUACCGUCUCUACGCUUACCCUUAUGAAUAUCUUUCACCAAAGACGGUCUCACUGAAUGUUUUCAAGGAGCUGCACGGGUGGGAGUUGGACAGUCUCUCCAUGCCGUGCAAAUACAGCACCUUGGUGCACAGCAUGGGUACAAAAGCUUUGUGUCGAAGAGGUGAGACUGGGUGUAAAACCUUGGUGAAGACAGGCUACCCUUCAAUGCGGACAAACAUCAAAGCCCUGGAAGACAGAGCCUUGAUCCAGGAUGACACCCAGACAAGGACUGUCACCAUCACCAUGCAGAAGCUGCAGGCCCGGGAUGCCGGCACGUACUGGUGUGCGCUGUACGGAGACCCUCAUCCCACCCGGAUAAUGGAGUUCAGGCUCUCUGUGUCCAAGAGGGACACAAUGGCAGUUGCCCCUUGGGCCUGUGGAGCCAAAGCUCAGGCCUGGCCCUUCCUGCUCUGCCUGCUCCCAGCAGAGACUCAGGGGAGGUUCUGGGAUUUGAGGUCCUCAGGGUACCGCAGGACACUUCGGCAAGACAGAGUCACAAUCCAGGAUGACACCCAGCAGGGGAUCGUCACCGUCACCAUAUGGAACCUGCAGGCACAGGACUUUGGCAUAUACUGGUGUGCGCUUUUUGAACAAGAUCAGCUUUUCCGGAUGGUGGAGCGCAGAGUUGUCAAGUACUUCAUUGCUACCAGAAGAUCUUUGCCACAGAGCGUGUCUGCCUGCACUUACAGCCCUUCCUUCUGCCACGCGUUGGGCUCAGAUGUCAAGACCUUCAUCCUGCUCUCUGCGUUCCUGAGCAUCCUGUUCAUCCUGGCACUCAUCAGCUCGAUAACACUGUGCGUCAGGCAGCGCAAGCAGCUGAAGAGAAGAGGUAACACACAAGCAGUGGACAUCUAUGAAAAACCAGAGGACAUAGCACAGCUUGACAGCACUGAAAGAAUGGAAAGUCCCACAGAUGACAGCAAAGACCUAAAAUAUGUGGCCCUGAAUUUUAAAUCCCAACUCAGCCCUGAGGAUCCUCUCUACUGUAAUGUUGAACCAAGUCAGGUUCACAGAAAACCCGAAGAUGAAAAUGUGGAAUAUGCUAUCAUUGCACUCAAGCAGUUACCAACGAAUGACAAAGAAUGA